AAAGAAAAAGAAAAACAAGAGAAUCUACGUUUACUUGAGCUUAAACUAGUUGAAAAUUCAUUCAUUUUGGAGCAGCGCAUGAUAGCAGUGACAUUCCCUCCGUCGUUUGCUCCAAAACCCUUUCUUUUUUUUGUUUUUGUUUUCCUCUGUUGUGUUGGAUCACAUUCACAAUCACGAUCAUGUCUAAAAUGUUGAAGAAGGUCAAUGCCUCCAACCCUAAACUCUGGCUCCUCAUCGGAAUAGGACUCGCUGGCGCGGUCGUUGUUGUGGCCGAGACCCGGCGGCGGCGACACCGGAACCUCCCCAAAGAGGACUUCGGUGCAUUCGUUGAGCGUAUCGAACUUCUCCCCAUUCCUCAGCCCAACCAAACGCAAACGCUCUCUGCUCUUACCUUCGCCAUCAAAGACAUAUUCGAUGUGAAAGGGUAUGUGACGGGGUUCGGAAACCCUCAGUGGAAGAAGACGCACGGCGAGGCCGGGAAGACUGCGAUUGUCAUCACCGCUCUCCUCAGCGACGGUGCCACUUGUGUUGGCAAGACUGUUAUGGAUGAAUUCUCUUUUGGGAUUUCUGGUGAGAACAAGUUUUAUGGAACACCAACCAAUCCUCAAAUGCCAUCUUCUAUCCCUGGAGGUUCCUCCAGUGGUUCAGCUGUUGCUGUUGCUGCUCGACUGGUCGACUUUGCUAUUGGUACUGAUACUACGGGAUGUGUGAGAAUUCCAGCAGCAUUCUGUGGUAUUCUUGGCUUUCGACCAUCUCAUGGGGUUAUAUCCACCAUUGGAGUUCUUCCAAAUGCACAAAGCUUGGACACUGUUGGAUGGUUUGCUCGGGAUCCUUCUGUCCUACAUCGAGUAGGACUUGUUUUACUUCCAUUGACUUCGGUGGAGCUCAAAAGAACAAGGCGUAUUAUUUUUGCUGAUGAUCUUUUUCAAUUAUCUAAAGCUCCUUCACAGAAGACAGCAUAUAUUAUUGGCAAAGCUAUUGAAAAUUUGUCUGGUUAUCAGUCUCUGCAGCAUAUGAAUCUUUGCCAGUAUAUUGCUUCUAAUGUGCCCAGUCUAAAGGGGUUUCAUGAGAAAUUAACACAGCAACAAAAUGGAUUAUCUAUAUUGAAAGCUCUCACUUCGGUUAUGUUUUCUUUACAAGGAUAUGAAUUCAAAACCAAUCAUGAAGAAUGGGUUAAAUCUGUCAAACCCAGGUUAGGGCGGGGUGUGUCUGAGCGUGUUAAUGCAGCCAUGAAUGCUACACAUGAUAAUAUAAAAACCUUGUAUAAAGUAAGAACUGAAAUGCGGGGUGCGUUUCAACAUUUGUUAAAGGAUGAUGGAAUACUAGUUAUUCCCACUGUUGCAGAUUAUCCAUUAAAGCUUAAUACAGAGAAGGGGUUUUCUUCUGAGUUUCAUGACAGAGCUUUUGCAUUAUCUAGCAUUGCUAGUAUUUCUGGAUGUUGUCAGGUUGCAAUUCCAUUAGGAUGCCACAAUGAUUGUUGUGCUUCUAUUUCACUCAUCUCAGCACAUGGAGUUGAUAAAUUUCUUCUUAAUACGGUUUUGGAUAUGUAUUCAACUCUUCAGGAGCAAGUUAGUGUUGCUUAUGCUUUGCCACUGCUGGAUACAAAUGGUAGUAUGGAAACUUCUGAGCUUUUGAAGGAGAAGGGAAAUACGGCCUUUAAAGGAAGGCUGUGGAAUAAGGCAGUUGAUUACUACACCGAGGCUAUUAACUUGAAUGGGACAAAUGCGACUUACUACAGCAACCGGGCUGCUGCUUACCUAGAGUUAGGAUGCUUUCAGGAAGCUGAAGAGGACUGCAAUAUGGCCAUAUUACAUGAUAAGAAGAAUGUGAAGGCAUAUCUGAGACGUGGAACUGCUAGAGAAGUACUACUUUGUUAUAAGGAGGCUCUAAAAGAUUUCCAGCAUGCUCUCGUUCUUGAACCACAGAACAAGACUGCUAGUCUUGCAGAGAAAAGACUCAGAAAAUCAACGAGUUGAUACAAGCUGUUCUUUCAACACUACUGACCUUCCUUCUCCUCCUGGAGAAUGUUAAUGGCUGUGGAAAUAUGAUUUCGGCUCCUUUCUUGCACUUUAUACCUUGGAUGUGAUUGUGAAGGUAAGUCGAAGACAAGGGGCAAACUAAUCUGUGUUGGUGGGAUGCUCCAUUAUUUUGGUAUGUUAGGGAAUUAUGUUGUUAAAAAUACUAUUAUUCAAUAAUGCAUAUAAGAUUGGACCCAAGGUAUAUGCUGUCAAACCACCCCCCACCCCACACACACAAUUGUGCGUGCGUGUUAAAGUUUUGUCUGCAUAAGAGUUUGGUCUAACAGCCUCGUGUAUAUUUGAAGUUUUCCUCUAAAAUUUGAUUGUGCAGAAAGGAAAUUAGUUUCUUUUUCA